AUGGCUCGUCUUUACCACCGAGCUCAGCUGCCCCUGCAUAUCAAGCGCGCCAUAUGCGCGCACCACGUCGAACACCCCCAGCUGCGCCACGUUGACCUCGCACGAUGGUGCUUCACUCGUUUCAAAAUCUGCCCCGACCGCUCAACCAUCAGGCGCGUCCUGAAAAGUGCUGACCGCUGGGCUAUCGAUGACACCAAUGACAACGCCGUGCGUGUGCGCGGCGGCGCGUAUCCGGAGCUUGAGCGCGCCAUGGCACGGUGGAUAGCCAGGGCGGGGCCAGCUGGGGUGCCUCUCACCCUUGCGACUAUUCGGGACCAUGUCGCCUACAUGGCCCGCGAGAACGGUCUGCCGGCUACGUUUCGUUGCUCCAUCGGCUGGGUGCGUCGCGCAUUACGCCGCCAGGGCGUGAGAUGCUUGAGCGCGGUUGGCGAGGAGGCCGACCAGGACAUGACGGCCGUGCGCACCACGCAGGAGAAGCUGCCGCAGCUCCUUAUGCAUUUGAACGUGAGGCCGCGCAACACCUUCAAUUUUGACGAGACGGCCCUCUACAUUUCCGUUCUGCCGCGGAAGACCUACGGCACGGGCCGUGUUGCGGGCAGGAAGAAUGGCAAAGAGAGGCUCACCGUCGGCUUCCUCGUCAACGCCGACGGCUCUACCUUGUUCCGCCCUCUCGUGAUCUCCAAGGCCCGGCGCCUGCACGACUUCCGCCCCGACUACGACCCGGAGGAGUUGUGCUACUGGCGCAACACUGCCAAGGGGUGGAUGACUACCGCGCUCUUCACACACUACAUCGAGCAGCUGGAUGCGGCUAUGUUUGCGGAGGGGCGGCAGAUCGUGAUACUGCUCGACAAUGCCAGCACUCACACGCUGUGUGAAAAUGAACGAGAAUGA